AUGACAGCCUCACAGCAGCAAACCUCGACACCAUCGACGCCUACACCUCCAUCACAACCCCCCAGCGCAUCAGACACACCCACCAGUCUCGGGUCCACCCCAACCCAAACACCCAUGGCCCUCCCCCGCCCCCCACAACGCCUCCUCUUCAUCGCCUCAAUAGGCAACCCAGCACCAUACCGCACAACCCGCCACAGCGCCGGCCACAUCCUCCUCGACACGCUCACCCCCUCCCUCCGCUCCCGUCUCGGCGCCCCACUCUCCCCCUACUACACGACCUUCUACAGCCCCUCGCUAAUGAACAUCUCCGGGCCGAAGGUAGUCAAAAACAUGUCCAAGUGGCUCGCAGCUCGCGAUAGCCUCGCGCUAGAUCUCCCCGGCGGACCGUUACCCGUGGCUGCGAGUACGGGAUACCCAGCUACGCUGGUGCUUCUGCACGACGAGCUUGAGGCGCCGCUGGGCAAGGUGCGGGUGAAGCGGGGCGGGGCGGAGAGUGCGAGUUUGAGAGGACAUAGGGGGUUGAGUAGUGUUUUUGAGACGUUGAGGGGGAAAGGGUUGUUUCCGGGGAAGAGGGGGCAGGGGCAGAAGGGGAAGCGUGAGGGGUUGGCGAGGGAAUUGGAUGUUUUGAGGGUUGGGGUUGGGAUUGGGAGGCCUGUGGGGAGGGAGAAGGAUUCUGUUGCGGAGUAUGUUUUGACGGAGAUGGAGGGGAGGGAGUUGGAGGCUGUUUCGAGGGCGGCGGAGAGUGUGGUGAGUGUUUUGGAGGAGGAGAUGUGUCGAGUUGGUUGA